AUCGUCGCGUCCUUGUUCGGCUUCUCACCGCUCUGGCGUUUGCACGCGCGCUUCGAACUCGAUGUCGAACUUUUCGGCGGCUGCAGUUGGCAGCCGUGCGUAAAAGAAAUAAAUAAUCAAAGCGACCAUGAAGUGACAAAUAAAGUCGGGGUAGAGAGAACAAUGCUUGCGCGUACGACGACGGCCAGGAGGCUACUCGGGUUGUGCUGCCGCAGUGUGCGUUCGCACCGCCGUUGAUAUUGUAUCCGUGUUCUUCUCAUUCUCUCUUUCUCUCUCUGUGGUGUGUGUCUCUUUCUCGCUCUAUAUACCUCUCUCUCUCUCUCUCGCGCAGUGUGAACAGCUACGUCGCUACGUGAACGCGCACCGCGUAUAUCGUACCGCCGCCGCCGCUGCUGCUGCUCUGCCACCGCCGCAACCGUAGCCGCAGCCGCAGCAGCCGCGCGCGCGAGACACACGGAGCAGCCGGAGAGGCGCGCUAUAUGCUCGCUCGCUCUAUCUCUUUCUCUCUCUUUCUCGUUUGUGUGUGCGAGGUGCGAGGGUGACAUUUGGGAUAUUUUUCCACGGUACGGCCGUGAGAGCGACAUCGUGCUACUGUGUUGUGACCGCCGGCUUGUUCGCGUUAAUCAUAUCGGAUCGCCCAUCAUCGUCGGUCAACAGCAGCAGCAGCAACACACAACCGAAGCACGACCCAGGUGGAGCCUCGGCAUCCUCAGCCACGGUGAGGGUAAACCAGCGCGAGACGAACUGCUGGUACUCGUGCGUUUGUACCGACCUAACGUGUUAUCCAGGAAGUGGGCGCACCGCCAUACCCUCCGCGAGAAUGCUCGCGGCAGCCACUUGGUGAACUCGCGCGUGGUGACUCUCAGACGACCGGUCGACGUGCAACCUGGUCGUUAACCUCUUUCUAUCUCUCUCUCUCUCUCUCUCUGUCUUGUUUUCACCAUCGUUCUAUCUGGUCAUCGCACGCAGCCGACGCAUCGUGGAGACGGUGCGCUAGUGGCCAUGUCUCUGGUUUCCUCAUCGUCCGGUACCAGUAAGGUCUGAUAUUCAGUCUGUUUAUCCGUCUACGCCAGCUAGCCAUGAAGACUGAGAAGAAGCCCAACGAGCCCAGCUGUGUACCCACUACCGUCGUCAAGGAUGAGCCUGAUGCCGACCCGGUUAAGAUCAAGGAGGAAGGCCCAGGUGGUAACAACGACGACCCGACUGGGGAGGACACCGCUGAGUGUCCCAGGGACUCUUGCUUGGAUCUGCCCAAUGGCGAAGGUACGAUGCCUGGGGAGAAUCAAAAUACCAAUGGGAAUCAGCCGAUCUUGAAUUCCGUCAAGCAAGAGGGAGAUCCUAAUAAUCCUACCGACGAUCUACCUGAUUGUAGUGGAAAUGUUAUUACAGCGGACGGCAUUCAACCACUUGUUAGUAAUGUUCUGGGAAAGCAGAUGGGAACUAACGCUGGCAGUGGGGAGGCUCAAUAUAUGCAGCAGCAGAGCCAAAUUUAUGUGUUUUCUACAAUACUAGCGAAUAAAGGCGCGGAUGCUGUGAUGAGAGGCGAUUAUCCGUCGAUCAUCGAUUUUCAUCGUGCUCAACCAAACACUAAAAAAUAUUUGGAGAAACAUCCAAAUAAAGUAAAUCAAUUUCGCCAAAAUCCUGCUCAAUGGUUAAAUAAUCUUGCUAUGAUGAAACAGAAAGGCCAUCAGGGAAAUACGAAUAAUACUUUCCCGACUGAACAACCCCCGGAUUUAUCAGCACUAGAUCCAAAUCCUACACAAUACUGGAACGAGCAACCUAACUUGCGAAAUAUAAACGGUGGAAACUCUCUUGGUAAUUCUGAACCAUCCUUGGAUGAUGGUAACAUAGACGUGCCUUGCCUUGUGCCGAAUUCACCUGGUAAUCCGGCCAAUCCUCAACCUGCUAAUAAUGCUAUCAUGGGCCACAGUCCUAACAUAACGAGCCCAGGUCCAGGAGGUCUGCAGCCAUCGCUUCAAGGUGUUAAAGUGCCGGACGAAAAUCUGACACCGAAACAAAGACAACACAGAGAAGUUCAGCUGGCGACCCUGCGGAAAAUGCAGAUGAUGCUGUUUCCUGGGCACAAAGAGGAGCCUGGCAAUACUCUGGAUGCAACGCAAGGAACUAAUGUGUCAUGUCCUUCCUCGAAUGUUCCUCCCGUCAGCGUACCAAAUCAAUGUCCUCCAUCUAUGGAUUGGCACAAGUUGCAGCAUCAAUUUCUUGAUGCCAAAAAUAAACCAAACGUGGGUAAUCCUGGUGCGGUACCGUUGCGUGGCGCCAACAUGGUCGGAGUGCCGCGAAGUCAAGGCCCACCGCCACCGUAUCAUCAAACGACUCGAUCCGCGAGCGUACCGAUUGCGAUCCAAAGUCCAAAUCCAUCCUCGCCCAACAAUCCAACGAGCAAUCUGUCGUUACCGUCACCACGCGCGAGUUCGGCCCUGAAUUCACCGGCGGACUGUAACAGACAGUUUCAGCUUGGUAAUCAGAGAACUAGCCACUUGCCGGGACAGAGUCCAACAGGUCAGGAUUCGCCGAAUCCGACGGUUGCCACAGCCGCCACCGCGGUUUCGACGGCUCGACUGAAUCAUAGCAAUCCGGGAACGCCAGUUUCUCAUUCCCAUAUUGCAGCUCUUAGUCCUAGUGGUACUUCUGCUCAAAAGGAUGCUUCUCUUGAUUUUCCCAACAGUCAGCCGCCAAACGUGGAUGGUAUGUUUUGCCGAACACUACAGUCCUUAGCUCAACAAAAGCAGCAACAUACCGGAGCCGUGAAUGCAUCGGCCGUGAAAGAAGCGAACCUUAUGCCAGUACCGAGCCCUCAUCAGCUUCAGUAUCUCAGCACAUUUGAAGGACAAGAACUGACGAUUCAAAAACAGCCUAAUACGAGUCUGAAGGAUGGCAAUUCAACUACGAAUACGGGUAGUUCUUCGGAGAUGUCCAACAGAAUUUUGUCGGGAAGUCUGGACAGUAACAAUCAAUUCCCCACUAGAUCGGAAGGUGCGAGUCCCGUACAGAUGGACAGCAUGAAUCGUGGCUUCACCGGCUCUCUGCACAGUCCUCAUACACCGCAUACGCCACACACGCCGGGUAGCGCCGCACCUCACACUCCGGCAGAUCCUGCGAAACCUGGCAAUAAGUCUAGCGCUAGUGCACAAAGUAGUCCAGCGCCGCACAAUACCAGCAUACCAGAUAUGGGUCCUCCACGAACAGUGCCGGCGUCGCCUACCACGAAACCUGAUACAUCAUCACCAUCCGCGAAGGACGUCCAACAGCAACAGCAACAGCAGCAGCAACAACAACAGCAGCAGCAGCAAACACAGUCGCAGCAGCAGCAACAACAACAGCAGCAGCAGCAACAACAACAGCAGCAGCAGCAACAGCAGCAACCGACAGUGGUAAACCCGAACAAUUCCGGCAGCACGACAGUAGUGCCAUCGCUGAGUGGUCCUGGCGCUUCGUUUCCAUGCGGCAGGCCAUCCAUAAACGUGAGUCAACCUUCCGACAACGUGCCUCUCAAUCCCAACAACAUCGGCGGCCGACUCGGUAGCUUGACCGCCAUGAGUACAAAUCAUUUCGACCCCAUAACGUCCUUGGCGCAGAUGAGUCAGCAGCUGACGAACACCGCGGCGAGCAACUCUCUGGGCAACGAGCCUAUGCACUCCGGCAACGCCGGUAUAAUGCCGUUUGGCAACCCACACGGCAUGCAUAUGAUGCAAAUGGGCGGAGAGAUGAACGGGAGUUGCCACAUGGGUCCUACCAACGAGCCCGGUGAAGUUGGCGGUAUGUGCAUGGGUCUAGCGGGCGCGCCGACGAGCUACAGCCCGACCACUUCACACACGGGCAGUCCCGGCGUGCCCAGCAAGAUGGGACAUCCUAUGAUGAGCCACGGAAUGAUGAGUGGUCACUCAGCGGGUGCGGCCGGCGCGUAUCCUGGCGGUGAAACCCACGCGCCACCACCGAGACUGAUGACCAGCCAUGUCACUGGACCCAGUCCCUACAAUGGUGCGAAUGUUCAGGUGAAGCCCAGUGCGCCGAAUACUAUACAGUACUUGCCGGCAAGGCCGAACGUCGGGCAUGCGCCACGAGGUCCUCCUAGUUUGGACUUCCUUCAGCGAUUCACCAAUCCGUUAUCCAAUCUGGAAUCGAAGAUGGGCACACCGUCAGUGAACCUCCAAUACUUCCCUAACGGCUGCGUGCCGAACAGCAUGGGCCCGCACAGCGGUAUGCCGUCCACCAUGAAUGCUGGAAUCCCUUUAGGAGGAUCGCCCAGAAUGGACGGGCAGUCUAUGAACACUAGUGGCGUGCACCCGUCUAUGAGACCAGUCGGUAAUAUGCGACCGCAGCCUAAUCUCAUGCGUAUGCAGCAUAUGGUGGGCGGUGGUGUCUUUCCAGGCAGUUCCAUGGAUCCCGAUAAAGUCUUCCCGCCUGAAAUGGUGUCGCAGGUACCGAACCAACCGAAUCCAGGCAUGUACGUUUCCGGCAGCAAAGGCAGUCCGAUGGGACUGGGACCACCGCCCGACGCCACUCAACCCUUACCACCGAGCAUGGGCGGUGCCACCAGCAAUUUCAAGAACAGCCCGUUUGUCGGCAGCGGACCUAGUAUGUCCGAUCCAAAUUACGCUCAACAGUUUCACAACUUCCAGCAGCAACUUUACGCCACCGGUACCAGAGGCAGUGGGCCGCCGCACCCUAAUCUGCACCCACCGCCGAACUCGCACUCGCAUCAACAGUUCUUCAUGCCGAAGUAAAUGCUGCCCGGCUAAUCCAUAUCACGACGACAACACGACGACGAUUACUACGGUGGCCUUUCAGCGUCCCUCUUUCUCUCUUUCUUCUUUGUCUCUCUAUCUCUUCUGCUUUUUUCUUUUUCCAUCUCAUUCUUCUUCUUCCACUCUAUUUUCUAUCUUUUUCUGUCUCUUAUUCCUCUUGCUCUCUCCCUUUCAUCUAUCAGGGAUUUUUCUAUCGUCUAAUCAUGUGACAUAAUUCUGGAAAUGUAAGCUAAGCUAGAUAAGGCGAUCCUGCAUGGGUAGCAGAGAUCGACAAUGUGGAGGUUCUAACGUCGAGCCUGCAAAACUGUCUGUUAUCAGUUUCGCGAACAAUAUUCGCAACUCACGGGUGACGCGAGUUUCUAGUUUCACUCUCGAAUUAUGAAAUAUAUUUGCGUUUUGACGAGCGAGGAAUUCUCUUUUUUUUUCUUUCUUAUUUUAUUAUCUCUGGUUUACGAUAUCAGAGUCUCGUGUUUCCAGAAGUUAUCACGAUAUUAUGGAAAUAUCGUUUUAUACACGAGAUCUCCUCGGGACUAUCUGUAAAUUCCAAAUGUUGACAGAAGUGUGCAAGUACUGGUUUACGCGUUCAUGUAAAUACCGAUGUAUAAUCUGGUUUCUUUUCUGUUCUCUCGUAUCUUCCCUUUUUUUUUUUGUAGAGAUCGUUACUUCAUUUGAUUGAGGUGCACAGCGUUAGAUUUAAAAGUACGUUACUAUAGCUCGAGUAUAAAAGAAAUAAAAAAGAAAAAGAAAAAAAGAAAAAUAACAAGAGGAAGAGAAUACGAGAACGAGAUCGGCCAUCUCUUCUCCUCCUCUUGCACUUUUGUUCACAGAGUUGCUCGGGAUAAAGUAAUUGUGCGCAGAAUUACCGCAGUAAUGACGAGCAACGAGAGGAUUUGGUACGCCGGUGCCGUAAUUCAUCCUUCCUUUAUCACUAAACUUACUUAAACGCAGUCAAACAAGCUCAAAUUUAUUAUUGUACAUAUAUACCAUAUACAUAUUAUACAUAUUAUAUAUAUAUAUAUAUAUAUUAUAUAUACUGUUGCAACAUAAUCCUUAAAUAUCGCCCGUCCCUUCGCUCCCCUCAUCGAUUCCCCUAUGACCAAUUCUGUGCAUAAUCAUGAUCCCCCUCUAUGUAGUUUACGUAAAUAAGAAAAGAAAUAAUUGACUAAGAACAAUUAUGUUGUUGAUGAAUGAUUUUUAUUAUAAAUGAAAAAUAAAGAUAUUUACAA